UUUACCAAAGUAGCCAAUCCGAGAUUAGCUUUUAUUAGGAAGACAGAUCAUCAAGCUGAAGUGCCAAGCCCUUUCUGCCUGAGUACUGAGAGCCUGUCCUCCAUGUUUUAUAAGUAUUGACAUAACACUGUGUUAACAAUGCAUCCACAGAGCUUGGCUGAAGAGGAAAUAAAGGCAGAGCAGGAGGUGGUGGAGGGGAUGGAUAUCUCCACUCGAUCCAAAGAUCCUGGCUCUGCUGAACGCACAGCACAAAAAAGGAAAUUUCCCAGCCCUCCACAUUCCUCUAAUGGGCACUCACCACAGGAUGCAUCAACAAGUCCUAUAAAAAAGAAAAAGAAACCUGGUCUAUUGAACAGUAAUAAUAAAGAGCAGUCAGAACUAAGACAUGGUCCGUUUUACUAUAUGAAGCAGCCACUCACCACAGACCCUGUUGAUGUUGUACCACAGGAUGGACGGAAUGAUUUCUAUUGCUGGGUUUGUCAUCGGGAAGGCCAAGUCCUCUGCUGUGAACUCUGCCCUCGGGUUUAUCAUGCUAAGUGUCUGAAACUGACAGCGGAACCAGAGGGGGAUUGGUUUUGCCCAGAAUGUGAGAAAAUCACAGUUGCAGAAUGCAUAGAAACACAGAGUAAAGCUAUGACAAUGCUCACCAUUGAACAGCUAUCAUAUUUACUGAAGUUUGCACUACAGAAAAUGAAACAGCCAGGGACAGAGCCAUUUCAAAAGCCAGUUUCACUGGAUCAACACCCAGAUUAUGCAGAAUAUAUCUUUCAUCCAAUGGACCUUUGUACAUUAGAGAAGAAUGUUAAAAAGAAAAUGUACGGUUGCACUGAAGCAUUUUUGGCUGAUGCCAAAUGGAUUUUGCACAACUGCAUUAUUUACAAUGGAGGAAAUCACAAAUUGACACAAACAGCAAAAGUCAUCAUCAAAAUCUGUGAGCAUGAGAUGAAUGAAAUUGAAGUAUGUCCGGAAUGUUAUUUAGCUGCUUGCCAAAAACGAGAAAAUUGGUUUUGUGAGCCUUGUAGCAAUCCCCACCCUUUGGUCUGGGCUAAACUCAAAGGCUUUCCAUUCUGGCCUGCUAAAGCACUGAGGGAUAAAGACGGGCAAGUUGAUGCCCGUUUCUUUGGCCAACAUGACAGGGCCUGGGUUCCAAUAAAUAAUUGCUACCUCAUGUCUAAAGAAAUUCCUUUUUCUGUGAAAAAGACUAAAAGCAUCUUCAAUAGUGCAAUGCAAGAAAUGGAGGUUUAUGUUGAUAACAUUCGUAGAAAAUUUGGAGUAUUUAAUUACGCACCUUUCCGGACACCAUAUACUCCCAACAAUCAAUACCAAAUGUUAUUAGACCCUACAAACCCGACUGCUGGAACUGCAAAGACAGACAAACAAGAGAAAAUCAAACUGAACUUUGAUAUGACAGCUUCACCCAAGAUUCUAAUGAGCAAGUCCAUGCUGAGCAGUAGUACUGGUCGUAGGAUUUCCUUGACAGAUAUGCCACGGUCACCAAUGAGUACAAACUCAUCAGUUCACACUGGAUCUGAUGUUGAACAGGAUGCAGAGAAAAAAGCAACUUCCAGUCAUUUUAGUGCCAGUGAAGAAUCCAUGGACUUUAUUGAGAAAAAUACAGCUUCUCCAGCACCAACAAGAACGGGUCAAGCGGGGAGCUUGUCAGGCAGUCCCAAACCUUUCUCUCCUCAAGCAUCAACGCCAAUUUCUGCUAAGCAAGAGAGAACUUCCACUCCAGGAAGCAUUCUGAAUCUUAACCUUGAUCGUAGCAAAGCUGAGAUGGAUCUGAAAGAGUUGAGUGAGUCAGUCCAACAGCAGACCACUCCUGUGCAACUCAUUUCACCAAAACGCCAGAUACGUAGUAGGUUCCAGCUGAAUCUUGACAAGACAAUAGAGAGUUGUAAAGCACAACUUGGAAUAAAUGAAAUAUCUGAAGCUGUUUAUACUGCAGUAGAACACAGUGACUCUGAAGAUUCUGAAAAAUCUGACACCAGUGACAGUGAAUAUAGCGAUGAGGAUCAGAAAUCAAAGAAUGAUCAAGAUGAUGGAGACGACAAAGAAGGUACAAGAAGUGACAAAGAAUCAUUGAGCUUGAAAAAAAAACCUAAGCCCCCAGCACAGAAUGAAGACAAGGAGGAACUUAAAAGCACAAGUCCAGAAGUAGAGAAAAUAGAUGACCCAGUCAAAGAAAAGGCAAUUACAGACACUGAAAAAGAAUUUUCUGAAAAGGGAAAAAGUUUACAGCAUACAGGAAAAGAAAAGCUGAAAGGUAAAGAUGAAACAGACUCUCCAACUGUGCAUCUGGGACUGGACUCUGAUUCUGAGAGUGAACUUGUCAUCGAUCUAGGAGAUGAUCAUUGUGGCCGUGAAGGAAGGAAAAGCAAGAAAGAGUCUAAAGAACCUCCUCCAAAACAAGAUGUUGUAGGUAAAACUCCACCUUCCUCCAGUGCAAGCACCCAGUCUCUACCAGAAACUCCAGUACUUACCCGCUCUGCAGCCCAGACUCCACCAGCUGGUGUGACAGCAACUACUAGUGCUUCUUCUACUGUCAGUGCUCCAUCCGCAGCCACUGGAAGCCCUGUGAAAAAGCAGAGGCCUCUGCUGCCAAAGGAAACCGCACCUGCUGUGCAGCGUGUAGUGUGGAAUUCUUCAAAUAAAUUCCAGACGUCUUCUCAGAAAUGGCACAUGCAGAAGGUGCAGAGGCAGCAGCAGCAGAGCCAGCAGUCUCAGUCACAGCAACCUCAGUCCUCUCAAGGGACAAGAUACCAGACAAGACAAGCAGUUAAAGCUGUGCAGCAAAAAGAGAUCACCCAGAGCACUUCCACAUCCACUAUAACCUUGGUUACGAGUACUCAACCUAUUUCUAUGGUUACCAGUUCUGGAUCUGCAAGUACACUUUCUUCCUCAGUUAAUACAGACUUGCCAAUUGCAACAGCUUCUGCUGAUGUGGCUGCAGAUAUUGCUAAAUACACUAGCAAAAUGAUGGAUGCCAUCAAAGGAACAAUGACUGAAAUAUAUAACGAUCUUUCAAAAAAUACUACUGGAAGUACAAUAGCUGAGAUUCGGCGUUUGAGGAUUGAGAUAGAAAAACUCCAAUGGUUACAUCAACAGGAGUUGUCAGAAAUGAAGCAUAACCUAGAACUAACAAUGGCUGAAAUGCGUCAGAGCCUGGAACAAGAACGAGAUCGUUUGAUUGCUGAGGUGAAGAAGCAGCUGGAAUUGGAAAAGCAGCAAGCAGUGGAUGAAACGAAAAAGAAGCAGUGGUGUGCUAACUGCAAGAAAGAGGCCAUUUUUUACUGCUGUUGGAAUACUAGCUACUGUGACUAUCCAUGCCAGCAAGCUCACUGGCCUGAGCAUAUGAAGUCUUGCACGCAGUCAGCUACCGCAACACAGCAAGAAACGGAUACUGAAAUCAGCACAGAAACAUUAAAUAAAUCAUCCCAACCCAGUUCAAGUGUGCAGCCUACGCCCACAGAGACAGCCAGCACCCCUAAGGAAAAGGAAGGUUCAGCUGAUAAAAGCAAAGAGUGUGUUACAGACCCAUCAGUGUAGCUUCUGGUCUGGAUCUUUCGAUACAAGUUGCCUUCUGAUAAGCAAUACUGACUGCAGCACUUCCAAGCCCUUCUUGCCUGGGGGUUCAGAGGCCAAGCUCAAGACCUGCAUUCAAAUCAACUUCCUUUCUCCCAACAGACUGCCACUAGGGUACCACAAUGUUCCAUAACACUGAUACAACAAUCCACCUGGAUCUACAGUUAACGGAGCAGUGUGCAGUUACGAAAUCCUCCAUAGCAUCUACUCUGAUAGUAUUCAGUAGGCAAGGAUGAGCAAAUGCUCUAAUAAAAGGGACUUAACAUUGCAUAUAUAGAAAAUGUUUAUAGAGAAGAUUCUGCUUUAUAGGUAGGGCUUGACUAUUAGCAAUUUCAGCAUCGUUUUUCUUCUGCCCUUGCAAGAUUUAUUAAAUGAAAAAAAUUUAGGGGGGGGGCUGAUCCUUCAAACCCUUACACAUGAUCCCCCACAUCAGUAGGAGCCUUGUUGUAUUUUAAAAUAUUAAAAGCAAACUAAUUUUGUAGUAUUGUGAUUCCAGCAUGAUGUCUCAUCGAGAUAGUCCUAUAGAAUUGGGAAGCAUAGUAAACUAGAGAGCUGUGUUCAUUUCUUGACACUUUUGCUACUGUCUGGUGUUAGAUCUCUGGGCUUGACAUGUCAUCUAAGGGAGUAACUUGAGAAACAGAUUUGGAGAGGGAAAAAGGAUGUGCUGUUCCACGUGAAUGCUUCGGUGAAUUUAGUUAAACUCUGGCUCAGUCGAUGUUCAUACGCAUUGUUUGUGGCAGCACAGCCUUUGUAUUACUGGGGAAAUAGGGGACGGGAUAAAUCAGUUAUCUAAAAUUUUUGCCAGGGAAUAUUCCAGUUAUACAGUUCUGGAAUUGCUUUCACAUAGAUGUUCUACCUGAAACAUCAUGCUGUAUACAUUGAUCAUGUUCAUAAUUUGCAUUUUGUUAUUAACAAAGAAGUAACCUGUGAAUUCAUUAAGAUGCAAAUUUUUAACACAAACAAAACAUCCAACAUAAAUUUCAUAUAACAAUAAUAAUAAUAACAACAACUAGGUGGAAUUCAUGUAAAAGCUGAGACUUCUACUGAGGUUGCCUGUGCUGUCUCUGCAGAUAGCAACAGGUGUGACAAGCAACCAGCCUAUAAAACUGGUCCAGGUACCGCAGACCACCACCUAUAUUCCAACUACUCAACCCACAAUUGUAAGUACAACAUCAUCAUUUAAAGUCUGCAGUAGUACUGUUCCUGGCAUUAAAACUGCUCAGUAUUUCUGGGGGGUUGUCUCCGUCUGCUGUGCUAUCAAGAUAUGAAUUCACUGGUAUAGUCUCAACUUGCAGUGCAAAAUGUUGUAUUUUGCUGUGCAACAUUCCACCGUCUCAUUUCAUCGUCCAUUAUUACGAGGAUUCAGGAAUUGUGUAGCGAAGGCACUGAGGACAGGCUUCCAUUAUACAUUACGAUGUUAGUUACUUGUCCGUUUCAUGUAUAUACUUGACCACAUCAAUGUAAAUAUAUAGAAUUCAUUUUAAGUAUCUUUUAAAUAUCUUUUUGUCUAUGGUAUCCUAAAGAGAUUUAAUUAAUUCUGAGCUAUGCUUGAUAUUCCUGUGACAUCUCAGUAACUAUGAAAGAAAAUACGCAUUCAUCAGUAGUGUAUCUCCCAUGCAGUCUUGCACAUUAGCGUUACGACAUGAUGAGAAGUAGCACUGGAGUCAGACCUGGGGUUUCCAUCAAAGACUUACCCAAGGACACUUGAAUGUGUCUCUCACAGAAGAUGGGACAGAAGUGAGUUGGAUUUUUGUAUUUUACGCACCACAACAUCCCGUUAUUUCAACUGGUUGUGUUCUGCAGUGCUCACUUCAGAGUCAGCACGGCACCCGAGCUGACCUUCUUACCAGAGGAAAUGCGCUGACACUGCACUGGUAACUAAAGGGCACGCUCGGUCUCAGCGGUGGGUUCAGCAGAGAAGCCCAGGUGUCGAUAACUUCAGUCAUAAAAUGACCUGAGGCUAGGUAAUUUAUAAGAGUAACUAUGUACCAGUUUAACAGUGUACCUUAAUCGCACCGUGACUGCGAGGCCUGAUGUGCUAUAGAAGUUUCUCUCUCUCUCUCUCUCUCUCUCUCUCUCUCUCUCUCUCUCUCUCUCUCCCCCCCCCCCCCCUUGUGCGCCCCCCCCGCCCUCCCCCAGCUGCAGGACACACGCCUCCGUGAGGGUGUGUAUGUCUGGACACAUGCACACGUACAUACAGUAUUGCACAGCCAUUCUAUUCCACACAAACGUUACUGCUCUUAGUGGGGAUCAUGACUCUUCACAUUCCUAGCGGCUUUUGAACUGUUCAUUUUUGUCUCAGCUGAGAGCACUGUGCACCUUGCAGCAUUGGCCCUAGGCUGUUUGGACUGAACUCCCCUAACAACAAGGUUUUCUAUGUGUUUUAAAAUCAAGUCGUGAACAUCAAAGACGUUAGGCUUUCUUGUGAGUAGCUGAGAGGUUGUAAGAUCGUAAGGUGGUUUUGUGUCACGUUCAGAACAAUGGCAGUGAGCUUCCUCGGUUUUCUGUAAUACCAAGUGUAUUGAGUUAUGUAAAGCAUAAUUGGAACGUCUGAAAGGUUUCAACCUUUAUUUGUGCAUGUUUAAAACUUUGUACACAUUUGCGUUAGUCUUGCACAGCUACAGACACCUCUGUAUUCUAAUGACUGCACGUGCAAUUUAAGUAAUUUUAAACCUUAGUGCAUGUUUAUGUAUGCAAACUGUACCUAUGUGUAAAACUGGCAGAGGUGGAAAAUUUACCUCUCAGGGAAUGAUCUUAACGCAUUUAAGGAGUCUCGCACAUUCCAUAUCCCGACCGCUGUAAGAACUGAAACUUAAUUUUUUCAUUUGUGUAAGUGUGUGUAUUUAAAGGCGACUGUGGCGACCUUGACUUCCCCACCUGUAGUACUAACAGUGACUGACCCAAUGGCUCAGUAGGGUUCAGUUUGCACUUUGUGUCCAACUAGGAAUUUCUUCCUCUGAACAACUUCCAGCGUAUCUUCUGGGUACCAUUUCACUGAACCUCUAUACACAUCUGAAAUCAUUACAAAAUGGCAGUAGUCUUGCAUUUAUUUAGCAAAUUGAGUCCAUGUUUGGUUUUUAUUCUUUCUGCAGUUACAAUAAUGUAAAAAUAUGAACUCAUCGUCUUUGCAUUCCAGGGAAUGGAAUGAGUAGGCUUCUGGAAGGCACAGACUUUGUCACAAAGGAGCUGAUAAACACUCUAGGCUGUAAUCCAUCUCCGUAGGGAUACUCGCAGUCUUUGUUGAACACCGUUAAGGCGCUAAUGUGGUUUCUUAAAACAGUGUGGGGAAGCACUGGGCUUCAGUGAGCUUGUAUUUCUUCUUCCGUGCUCUCUUUGGAAUGUCACACUCCCAUCAGGGGGAAGAUCUGUGCAUCCCUUUCAGGUUCCUCAAAAUCUCCCUCCCUGUUCCUUCCACCAACUAUUGUGAACUGACACGGAUGCAUUUGUUCGGUCACCAGUCGUGCAUCGCUGGAAUUGUAUCAAAACGUAUUUGCCGUUUGUACGGUACAGACGUCUCUAGACUUUCUCACAUUUUUGGAGGAAGGUUAAGAUACAGACUUAAGGUUCAAUAAAUCUUUUUCCAGAUCUUCCAGAGUGAUGUGACCUUGACCAGAUUGUUUAACAUUCUCGUGCCUUUGUCUCUGCAUCUGUAGAAUCAAUUUACCACCUUUAGAGAUGUCCUGAAACUUCAUUUGUCGAGAUUUAUAAAUCAUGAUCUGUAUGAUGGAAGUGAAAAGUUUAUUCUAUAUUAAUAUUUUUACAGGGUGUAUAAGACAGUUCCCAGUAAUGCUGAUGUUUUAUUGAUUUGUGCAAAAGUUACCUUAAGUACUUUUUUUUUUUUGUUCCAGUGGAUGUUCUUUGCUCUCUUUUGUGUAGACGGAAUGCAUGGGGGAGUUCCUUUUGGGGAAAAAGAUUUAAGUAAUGUGUAACAAGAAUAUACUUAUAAACAAGGGUAUUUUUGUACUCCAGUUUGAUUUGUCAAAACUUUUUCAAAUGACAGAGGAUUUUCGUAGCCCUUUUUCUGCUUCCCACGUAUGAGUUUGGGGAAUAUACGUAACUGGGUGUAACUAUGAGAACCUAACUCUCCAAGCACAGACAGAGUGCGUACAGUACCUAUAGGACCACCUGUCCCUGUAAUUGUAAGGCAGUAGUAAUAAUACAGACAGACUCUUGGCUAUAGGAGGGUAAUACACUACUUCCUACCCUGGAAUGAGGUAAAACUGCGGUAAUAAAGGUAUUAAUUCUUGCACAAAAUUGGAACUUGUUCUGGAUUUUCCCUGGAAAAUAAAUCUCUAUUUCUGUGGUCAUAUUUAUGUGACCUUUAACAUAACAAUAUGUUUCUCUUGAUUUUAAUCCACAGACCAUUCCUGUAGUGGUAAGUCCUUCUGCUGGGACAGUGGCAAUGAGAACUGGAGUUCAGUAUGUUCAGACCACAAUGCCAGUCCAAGUACGAAGAGUCUAACUGCUAACAAGAAGUCCAUACAAUUGUUGGAAUAAAUAAAUCUAAUAGAAAUGUGAAAAAUAAACACAGUUCUUUGGAUUAACCUCAAAGGUUCAGACUUUAGCUUUGUAUAUGUGUACAAAGCAUUAACUACACUACAUUAAUGUAAAGCAUUAGCGCUGGCUUAGAAAAGCUGAGGACAGGUAAGAUCCAUAUUAAAUCUAUGCUUCUUUUGUAAAUAAUGUACAAUUGUGGAUGUCAUUAAAGUUAGAGUACCAUCUCCUUUUUAUAUUUGUAUUGACUUUUAACUUAUAAAGAGCGUUUGAAGUUGGAAAAGGAAGGUUUAAUAUCACAAGCUAACACUGAAAACUGGUCUUGGGGAAACUGCAGUUAAGCAUCAAGUAAUACAAUCAUGAGAAUCUGAACAACUCGAUUUGCAUUUGGAUUGAAAACAAUUUCUGCACUUUGAAACUCUUGUAGAAUUUCUUUGAGCAACCAAGCGAUGAAGGGUAUCUUUAUUCAGUUAAUCGUAUUAGGCAAAUUGCGACAUUUCCAAUCUGUGGACCUGAAAUACAUAAAAGACAUUGUUUUUUACUAUGACCAGACUGUUAAAAUUUAUAUUGUUUACAGGUUAAAAUUAAGUUAAAAUCUCAUUGAGUCUAAUACCGGAAAAGUCAGACAGUGUAGUACCAGCUGGUUGUAGCACAUCUGUGAUCGUUGAUAUCAAAGAUUGAGAAAAGUAGAGUUUGUUCCUAUGCUUCACAGUUCAGGUUUCUGGUUUUUUUAAAUCCUCCAAAAGGACUUUGAACAAGAACUAGGUGUGAAGAGAAUCAUGGGUCGGGAAACGUGGGCAAAGGACUUCUGAUGCUGGGCCAGAGCAUGUAUUAUUUAUAUGAUGGAAUUUAUGUUUUUAUGUAAGCAUGAAACAGUACAGUAUGAGAGAAAGUAACCCAUGAAAAUGCUGUCUGUUACACUUAUACUGUAGUACCAUUUUGUAUGUUGUGUAAAACGAAAGCAUUGAACAAAGCAAAGGUGAUGUAUGUAUAUGAGAAAAUUAAUUGUAUGAUAUCAUUCCAGUACAUUCUGUUGUACAUUUUAGUCAUGUUAAUUUCUCCCAUUGUUUAUAAAAGAAUGCGGUUUGUACAGUCUCCAGCUAGUACCCAUAUUAGAGGGAAGAAAGUAUUAGAAGAAAAAAAGCGGAACAGAAUAUUCGUGAAUUGCAGUUGUGUCAAAAAUAGCCUAGCUGGCCUUAUUUGUGAAGCAUAAUUGCUUUUAGCAUAUGGAAGUAUUUUUUCACAUUUUCUUUGUAUAAAAUUUGUAUUAAACUUAAAUAUCUUUUUUGACAA